UUGUUUCGGCUCCUCCGUGGGAGCAGCGCAAAAGUUUGUCAUUUUGGAUAUUACUGUCCAAAGUUUCGAGUCAUCUAUCUAGCUCCCCUUACCACCUCCAGUCGUUCUCGGGUCGCUCCCCAGCCACCAGUGCUCUCACGUCCUGCAGCCGGAACCCUGGCCGGCACAGGGCGUCAAAAUGCCCGAGGAUAAGGCCCUUUCCAAGUCAGAGGCAAGGGAGGAUGGCAGCAGCCCAAAUGAGUCCGAGUCAUCAGAAGAAGAAAUCUGCGAUCAGGCCCCGCUGCCUUCACAAAAUGAUCAGACCUGUCAAAUGAAAAUGAACGCAUCGCGGAAGAUAUCUUUGCUCGAAUUUAGGUGCAGAGUUGAAGAUGCAAUUCUUGGCAAUUGCAUUUUUGGGGCCAAAGGAAAUGCUAGAACCAAAGAGAAGUCGAAUAAGGACAUUACCUUAUGGGGCGUUCCCUUGUUACCCAGUAAAGGUCACGAGGCCACGGACAUUGUCCUAAUGAAAUUCUUGAAAGCUAAAGAUUACAAGGUCUCUGACGCGUUUGCCAUGCUUUGCAAGAUGAUGAAAUGGAGAAGGGAUUUUAAAGUGGAUGGAAUUCUUGAAGAAAACCUGUGUCCUAAGCUGCAAAAUAUGUGGCGAAUAGAAGGUGUGGACAAGGAAGGCCGCCCCAUAUGUUACCUAACUUCCAAGGAUUUUUCCGACAGGGAAAUGAACAAGAAACUUUUGAGGGCAGAUGGGAAAUUAGAGGAGUUGCUUAGGUGGAGGAUUCAGUGUAUUGAAAAGGGAAUCCAACUGCUUAAUUUUAGUCCCGGAGGGGCAAACUCUAUUCUUCAGAUUACAGAUCUCAAGAACGCACCAGGACAAAGCAUCAAAGAAAUGCGGUGGUUUUGCAAUAAAAUGAUAAAGUUGAUUCAUGAAUAUUACCCUGGGAUCAUGCACAAGAACUUAAUCAUAAACCUUCCACUCUGGUACUGUGCGGUCAACGCUUUACAUCUCAGGCAAAUCACAGCAAAGAGCAAGAACAAGUUUAUCUUUGUCAGGUCUGCGAAAGUCACAAGUACUCUUCUCAAGUAUAUCAACCCAGAGAGCUUACUAGUUCAAUAUGGUGGCCUGAAGAGAGAGAAUGACAUCGAGUUUUCAGCCCUUGACAAAGUUUUAGAGCUGAACGUCCCAGCAAAUACGUAUGAGCAUAUUCAGAUUCCAGUAAACGAGGCUGAAAGGAUAGUAACUUGGGAUGUGGCCAUCACAGGUCAUGAUGCUACCUACAAAGAAGAAUUCAUCCCAAUCGAUGAUUGUUCAUACAAGGUAUUGCUUCAAAAGGAGAAGAAAAUGGGAGAGGUUGUUAGGAAUUCUUUUUACAUCAGAGAACCAGGGAACAUAGUAAUUACCAUUGCAAACGGGACAUUCAAGAAGAAAAAGGUUUUUUAUAGGUACAACAGUAAACCCUGUCAGCCCUUGUAUAAGCUCACAACAUGAGCGUAUAUUUCUUGCUUGUACAUCUCUCUCUCUCUCUCUCUUUUCAUCCCUUUCCGAUUUGUGUGUGUGUAUAUAUAUAAAUAUAUUCGUCUAAAUCCUUAUUACUUUCAACAAUUGAUGAUGAAUUAAACUUAUG